ACCCCAACUUCCAUCCUCCGACAUGGUAGAAACGUUCCUUAUAGGCUAUCAUCGUGAUCUCUCUCUCUGCAACGCAUGCGACAAGGCUUGUCAUGUCGAACUCGACAUACCCCCUCCGGGUCCCCAGAACACCAUCCUCCGCACCGGGCGCCUUCUUUUGAGCGCGGAAAACGAGCGCAUAGGUCAGGCCAUCGCGCGGACGGACGAGUGUCUCGCAGAAAUAGGCGCCAAAGCGAAAGAAUUGAUGGACCUAGUCGCCCAACUGCACGAAGGCGAGCGAGAGUUGAAGGCACUGCGAAGUGUUCAGCAGGCGUAUCUCGCACCGGUUCGCAAGUUACCUCCGGAGAUCCUAUCGAUCAUCUUCAAGAUGUACUGCGGUGACGAGAGCAUAAAUCUCUUUGUUGAUCGGUGCCCUCCGCUUAUCUUGAGCUCCGUGUGCAAUGUCUGGAGAGAAACUGUCCUCGGCUUGCAUUCGGUGUGGAACCACUUUGAGUUCAGCAGAUACGGAGAAUCAAAUCUCGAAAACCUCCUCAUUCGCCUUCGGGCGUUUCUUGAGUACUCCGGCGACCUACCGCUGCGGCACUGCGUGUUAGCAUAUGACCUCGAUACUGUCUCCACGCCAGAUCUCAAGCGGAUGCAGGCGCUGGAUCUGCUCAUCGAGCAUGCGCAUCGCUGGACCGAAGUAGAAUUCGAGUCAGGAGGCGGCGGGCUAUCCGAAGGAGCGCGCAGGGUGCUUGCAAAGCUAGACGGCCGGCGAUUAACCCAUCUGCAGAAGGUGGACGGCGAUGUUCACGUUCUUGCCGCAUGUAGCGCAAUGGGGCUUUUCGAAGGAUUGACAGCCUUGCGAAGGGUCAGUUUGCGUGGAGGCCCGCACGAUCUGGGCCGGACUGACAUGCUUUCCGAUCUGCCAUGGGACCACGUCGAGGAACUAGAAACAUUCCUGCCCUGCGACUAUGCCUUGGCGUAUCUGCAGCGCUGUCCCAACCUCGUGAAGUGGGAAUAUGCGGAUACGUCGCAGUUCGGCCCUGGCCAGAUGUACCUGCCCAGGUCACACAUUAUCCUGCCACGCCUGCACACCGCCACCUUCAGCCUCUCCCGCGAGAGCGACAUCGGCCUGCUCAGCGGCAUCACCACACCGGUUCUGCAGGACUGCGCUGUGUACUUCUUUUACGGAUUCUUGACUAGGGCUAACAUCGGAUUUGACAAUCUCCUGACCCGCUCCGCGUGCCCGCUCCGUCGCCUCGUGCUGGAAAACCCGUCUUCACCCGUUAUGAGGGCGCUUUACAGCGACUCGCUGCAGGAAUUGACCUUUCUUAGUGUGCACGCAUAUCGCACUGUGCCGAUCACAGAUAAAUUCAUCGACUUGCUCAGCACUCCUGACAGCGCAGGGAGGCCGCGCCUACUCCCUCUUCUGGAGAGCCUGGAGCUCGGCGGGAGGCCGGACUGCUUCAAUGCCACCGCGCUGGUCAGGCUGGCCGAAGCACGGCGCGAGAUGGGAUACCCGCUGAAGCGAUUUGUGCUGGACAUGCGUAUUGCAGGAAUGUCGAGCACCAGCUUUGGAUGGAACGACAAUAUUGAGAGGUGCAUGGCAAAAGUGGUGGACUCCGUGGAAGUGCGCGGGAGGUUUCGUAUAAGGCCGUUGUCACCCUCACCGUAAUUGCUUAUGGAUGGGUGCUGGUAAGUCUUUCGGUGGCAUCAUCCCUGCUGCUCGAUAGCUCACAUCCUUGUAGUGAAGUUUAGGCUUUUCUCUCAUGCCUGGCCAGUGGUUUCGUCCAGAUCAUCACUCG